UUCCCACCCAACCCAAGAUCCGUUUGACCAUUAGAUUCAAGAAGUCAAAAUUCAUCCUCAGAAUUCAGAGCAUCCACAAGGAUUCCAUUUGUCUAUCCAAAUACCGAUUCAUCUCUCUUUCCGGCGAUCGUCGAUUUUCAGUCUCCGCCAUGUGUAACGGCCACCACCGACCAUUGUUCAGAGGUAGCCCUCCUCCAUACCAGACCUCCGUACCGGAAAACGGCGCCGCAUCCGUUGUGGACAACCUACGGGGCCGAUUAGAAGAAACCGAGUUGCGGCUGGCUCAAGUUAGGGCUCGAGAGGCGGAGCUCAGCCGACUCUUGGAGGAAAUGAAACGGUUAGUAUCUGUGAUGGAGAUCCUCGAGAACUACCUGAAACGGCAGUACAGCGACCGUCAAGAAUAUGUGGUUCGUCUCCUCUCCCCUGUAUCUCGAAAAUAAAAAUUCCUCUUCGCCGUCGGUGUCUAUAAUUUUAGCAGUACCAUCCAAAACUCGUUUUGUUUACUUGCAUCUUCGCUCUUCUCACUCUCAAUCCUCGUAGAUUGUAAUCGCCACCAAAUGUAUGGAUUUAUUCGUCCUAGAUUUCUCUUGUGAAUGGAAUCGUGGAAUCGAUAUCAUUGGCUUGCUCAAUCGAUGGAGAUUUUCAGUUUUUUUGAAUGAGAGCGAGUUGCAAAUCGCUUAGACGAUCAUUUUGUUGUUUCUUGAUGGAAUAUAUGGCAGUUUUCUGUAA